GGUCGAUCAAAAAUAUUUUUGGGUGUAUUCCGAAAUAUACGUCAGUAUAAUGGCCAGUGUCUCUCCUCUUUAUUUCUAUAGCGUAUGAUAAGGAUAGACUGCUGUCAAAGUCAACUGUGUACCAACAAGAAAAGAAACAGCUGUGUGCGGUUAUGAGUCAUCAACCUCCAGUAUCCUGUAUUCCUAAUACAACCAAAAUGUCUAAAGCUAAAAAAGUGAUCGAAGAAGCCAAAGAAAUAAAUAAUCCCGAAAUUGAUUUGGUAGAUAAAGGGAUAACUAACCUCGAGGAGGUUCCAGGAUUGUUCAGUUUGGCAAACAUCACCCGUUUAUCACUAAGCCAUAACAAGAUACACACUGUGCCUGCUGCUUUAGCAAAUUUGAUGAACUUGGAGAUUCUGAACCUUGCUAACAACCAGAUAGAAGAGCUGCCUCUCAGUUUAUCUUCCUUGCCGAAGCUCCGUAUCCUAAAUGUAUCGCUCAACAGAUUGUACGGUCUCCCUAGAGGCUUUGGUGCCUUCCCAGUUCUGGAGAUUUUGGACUUGACUUACAAUAACCUUAAUGAAAAAACGCUUCCAGGAAAUUUCUUCAUGAUGGAAAGUCUACGAGCAUUGUAUUUAGGUGACAAUGAUUUUGAAUAUUUACCACCUGAAAUUGGAAACUUGAAGAAUUUACAAAUUUUGUCCCUGCGUGAGAACGACUUGAAGGAGUUGCCGCGUGAGGUGGGGCAGCUGACGCGGCUGCGCGAGCUGCACCUGCAGGCCAACCGGCUCGUUGUACUGCCGCCGGAAAUUGGCAAUUUGGACUUAGCGAGCAACAAGUCUGUACUGCGUUUGGAUAUCAACUACUGGGUGCCUCACAUCGAGGACCAGAUCAAACUGGGUCCCUCCCACGUGCUCGACUAUCUGCGCUCCGAGACCUACCGUGUGUUAUACAGUCGUUAUAUGUCGGCGCGGCCCCCGACGCCGGGCGAAGUGCGCGACAAGAGCAAGAAGGCGAGCCGCGCCAAGUCCUAACUCCUCAACACCCAGACGCUAAACGAACGUGCCAUAAUAAUGAUACUAACUCAACUGUGUAUCCGUAUUUCGGAUACUAAUUCCUAACAAGUGUUUUGACGAAAUGAUUCGGUGUGUAGGGUAGUUGCCAGUUCAAUUUUAUUAAAUACCCACUUACCCUAUUUGAAGGUUGUGUUGCCAAAAUAUCUUUAGUGACUACAAAAAGAUCUGACAUAAUUUUGUUAUUAUUUAAGGCAGUGAAUCAAUGCAUUUAUUAAAAAUCAUAAAACGAUUCAAAUCCAGCAUAAGAUGAUAUGUAAAAAAUACUAAUUUUAACCGUAAGCAACUGCCCAACACUGGUAUUGACAGUUAAAUUAUAAUGAAUUUUACUGAGAGGAAAGAACGAAAUAUUACUGGGCGAAAUGAAAUACAAUAGGGUAUUUGACAGUAUUAAAAAUAAAGUGCCAAUUGUUAGCAUCUGUGUUUAGAAUGAAUAUUGGCAGGAAAUUUCACUAUUUUUACAGAAAAACUAUUCAUAAUUUUACUAAAACCCCACGAAAAAGAUAAUAAAGUGACAUUACAUUGUAUCGUUUGACGUUUAAAUAACAGUCGUGUGACGUCACACACCAGUGAGACGCCAUCUUGUCCAAAGAAACGUUUUCGCGGCAACAUGAAAAUGGAGUUUUUGAUUUGGUUAUUUCUACUGAAAUACACAACAGAAUGAUGAAUAUCCACUUUUUAAGGACUCCAUAAACAUUAGUCAAUAACGUGAGAUCGUUUUCUAAAACUUUUCAAAUACCCUAUUGUACUAAAAAAAGCCUCUUUCUGAGUGACAGUACUUGCAUUUAACUUCAUCGUUGAGAUAUAAACGCAAUCCGUAAUGGGUCUAUUUCGAUCGCCAAACAAAAAACCCAACAGAAACGAAAUGUACAGUUCUCUAAAUAUCACUGCCAAAUCUACCAAUAGAUCUAAAUUUCAAAUAACUCAGUUUUGGAAUCUCCUUGUUAAGGAAUCACUGAUGAACUGUGUAAUCCAAUCAGAUACAUACAGCAGUUCUUAAUAUUCCGAACUUCCUUAGAACAUUGUUAAUUGACAAAUAUUUAAAAUAAAUGUGCAAAUAAGCCAUAAAGUAGCUCACAAAGCUAUCCCUUACUAAGGAUAGAUGGGAUCGACCUGUAAAAGGGUCAUUUCAAACAAUUUAAAUCCAGUGAGGAUCUCAUUUGCAAUGAAAAUAAAAACUUUUGAACAUUAAAGAUAAAACCAAAUGAAACAAAUCUAAGAAAACUUGAACACGUUUAUUUAUUAAAACCACAAUUAAUUAGGAACUUAACAUAAUUACUUAACACAUGACACAAACUUUUUAUCGU